AUGGAUGCCAAGAUCGAGUCACCGCCAGAUGGCGGUCAGGGCAAAGAAAUUCUGCAACAGACCGAUGAUGCUCAUUUGUGCGAAAAAUGUUUCGAGCUCAUGAAGGACCUGUCGGACCAGUCCCAAGAUCUAGCCGACUGGGAUUGGCGCCUGAAUAAAUCCGCCAUUGCUGCUCGAUACGCUGCGAACCUCAAUCCUGCCAAUCUGGUCGACAGCGUCCGCAACAUGCGCAGCAGUUCCAAGACGGGAAUCUUCAUUGCCGAGCUCGGAAACCGGUUUCGUCAAGCUAUUGACACCAAUUGUACCUUGUGUCGCUUGCUCUUGGCCUCCAAGGUGGAAACAACAAGCAAUGAGAGCCGAGACGACGGUGGCGGCGACGAGCUGCAGGGCUUUUUGCUGAGGGACUACUUUCUCUUCAACCACCGAAGAAGCAACCCUUUGAGCUCGCGCGAAACCAAGCUCGGUGAGAUGAUCUUCUUGGCUGUAGUGCCAGCAAAUUUUGAUGCAUCGAGCUCAGAGGACGAUCAAAAGGCACUAGAAUUGCAAACAGCAUCCAAAGGUUGCCUCGUUUUGACCAACAAGGAAUCAGAGCAGACUAUCCUCAAUGCUGUCACCGUGUCACCACACUUUGAACCGUCCGUUGUACUAGAGUGGUUUGACUUUUGCCGGCACCACCACGAUGAACUCUGCCAACAGGAUGCAGCAUCAACCGUCGCCAUUGAUGGAUUCAGGUGGAUCGACUGCGACACCAAGAUGGUCGAGACGGCCCAGGCAGUGCAGCCAUACAUUGCCUUGAGCUAUGUAUGGGGUCCUCCCUCGCCGUCCUCUGCCCCCAGCGAGCCGGAAGACCCAAACGCGGACCAAGUGCCACUUCCCGAAAAGCUACCCGCGACAAUCGAGGAUGCCAUAACUGUCACCAAGCAACUUGGAUUUAGAUAUUUGUGGGUUGACAGAUACUGCAUCAACCAAAAGAACCCAGAGAUCAAACUCAAGCAGAUCCAGCAAAUGGACCUCAUCUACCAGAACGCCGAGCUGGCCAUUAUUGCAGCUGCGGGCACCGACGAACGCCACGGUCUACCGGGGGUUGGUGGCAAGGAGCGAGCCAGCGCCAGGGGAUCGUCGGUCAAGUAUAAGAAUAUAGACAUCACAUCAACGCUCAAGGAUCCUCAGGGCGUCGUUCGUGAUUCCAGGUGGUAUACCCGGGGUUGGACGUUUCAGGAAGGACUACUGAGCCGCCGGCGCCUGGUCUUUACCGAGGAGCAAGUCUAUUUUGAAUGCAACGCGAUGAAUUGUUUUGAAAGUAUUUCGGGGUCCUUGACCAGCUUGUCUGAGCGCGACAACACCAGGGCCGCCACCUUUAUGCGCCCCGGCCUCUUUGAAUCCCAUCGACGGCGAACCACCAGUGCUGUAGGGGCAAAGCGUGUCCGCAGCGUCGAGGAAAUGGACUUUUCUGCCCUGUUUGACAGUUAUCUGAUCUGGUCGCAGCAGUAUUCGGCCAGAAACCUUAGCUUUGACGGAGACUCGAUGAACGCCUUUUUGGGGCUGAUACACAAGAUCGAAAAGAUACCAAAGCCGCUGCUCCAGCAUUGGGCGAUCCCAUAUCCCCAUUCUGAUCACAAACUUGAUCCUCUCCAUGCUUUUGCCGAAGCCCUGUCGUGGAGACACAAGUACUCUUGUUGGGACGACGACGCGUCCAAACGGCCCCGGCGCAGGACGGAAUUCCCUUCGUGGUCGUGGGUUGGCUGGGCAUCCGAGAUUGUGUAUCCCACCAAAGACGCGUUGGUGGAAGAGAGGCUCUAUGGCGAGAAUAUUGAAAUCACCAGAUUCCGCAAUCGUGAAAUGACUCUGGGCGAAACGGGUCGUGGCUCAAAGUGGUCAGCGGACAAGAAAGUGUCAUAUGGUGUACUUUCUUCCAACAACCGAGUCUUGACGAUACAUUCUCGGGUAAUUCAAGCUUCCGACCUUUCAUACGAUGCUCAGACAAAGCAGUGGAAGCUCUAUGGCCAUCCAGCCACCGUGGCCAUGUCCCAAGGGCCACCGACGGAAGAUGAAUUCUAUGAACAGCUCCGCCAAGAUAAACAGUGGGCAUGCGUCUUAUUGGGAAGCGCAAGUUCGCAAAUGGUGCAAGUCAUCACGGCAUUGAUUCUCGAGCGCAGCGACGACGACGAUAGCUAUGUGCGGUCUGGUCUGUUGAUUGCCAAGAUGCCCGCCAUGUCUUGGACUGGUCGCCUCAUGAAAACGGCUUUUCAAGAUCUCACAAGGGAGGCUAAAAGCAUGGCGAGCCAAUUUCAGACAUUCAACAUUAAAUGA